AUGUUCACUUUCUAUUUAUUCAUAUUGGACUUAAUUACUUACGUUUCAUUCUUAUAACUUCAAGUCCAAGUAUAUUUAAAUGUGAAGAAUAAUACAAAACAACAUAAUAUAAGUUCGUGUUAAUAAGCAGAUUAACAAUGCCACAGGCCCGUCGUAAAACCCCUUUCAGUGGCAAAGCUAAGAAGCAACAACUGCAAGCUAAAAAGAACAAGAAUUUACUAUUGUCUUCAUCGACAAGUUCAAAUGCAUAUGAUGUGGUGUCCGUGAACUAUCAGCCGAAAGCAAGAGGCCGUAGUGAUGCCAACAGAUAUGCUCUCAAGUUCUAUAGAGAAACAGAUGAAGAACUUAAAAUGAAGAAAGAGGAUGCACUGAAAUGUUUAAAUCCUGUAUCGGAGAAGGAUAUGGAGAUAGAUCCAUCGGAUUACUUUCCAGCUGAGAUAUCAUUCCCGAAACGACCACCGUGGGAUUUUACCAUGUCAGUCACUCAACUGGAUGCACAGGAACAGAAGUAUUUUAGGGAAUAUAUAGAUCAACUGCAAGCAUCGGAACAUUGGAAGGAUAUGUCGUAUUUUGAACUCAACUUGGAGACAUGGCGUCAGUUGUGGCGUGUGUUGGAGAUGUGUGAUGUAUUGUUGUUGAUUGUGGAUGUUAGAUUUGCUGGUAUGAUGUUUCCACCAUCUUUAUACGAAUACGUAGUUAAAGAACAAAAAAAAGAUAUGAUAUUAGUACUAAAUAAGAUAGAUUUAGUACCAGCCUCGGUUGUAGCGGCUUGGAAGGAAUAUCUCAUGAAGAGAUGUCCCGGUUUGAAAGUUGUUUAUUUUACAUCUUGUCCGGGAUAUAAUUUGAGAGGUGCUAGCAGCGAUAAAGCUGGUCUUCAAGUGCGCAGACGUAAAGGUCGUCAACGUAUGUGUGCUGAAGGAGCCACCAAAAUAUUAGAGGCUUGCAAAGAUAUUGUCAACGGACAAGUUGAUUUGACCACGUGGGAGAAGAAGAUUGCUGAAGAGAGUAAAAUUGAAUUCGAUGAAGAUGAUGAGACUGAAGUUGGUGAAACUAUUAUUCAACAAGCAGAUACAUCAUAUUACAGUCAUGAAAAAUAUAAAAAUGGUAUAUUAACUAUAGGAUGUGUUGGACAACCUAAUGUUGGAAAAUCAUCUUUGAUGAAUGCAAUAAUGGGAAGAAAAGUUGUCUCAGUAUCAAAAACACCCGGACAUACGAAACAUUUUCAAACUAUAUUCCUCACUCCGCAGGUACGUCUGUGUGAUUGUCCUGGCUUGGUGUUUCCAUCCAAAGUCCCCCGACCCAUACAAAUAUUGAUGGGUUCUUAUCCUAUCGCACAACUCAGAGAACCAUACACUACUAUCAGAUAUUUAGCGGAAAGAUUGGAUUUGCCAAAACUUUUACGUAUGGAUCAUCCAGAUAAUGAUGACACCUGGUCACCUAGAGACAUCUGCGACGGCUGGGCCAAGAAACGUGGUUAUCUCACCGCUAAAGCAGCAAGAUUAGAUACAUACAGAGCUGCGAAUAGUCUUCUGAGAAUGGCUUUGGAUGGAAAGAUUUGUCUAUGGUUAAGACCACCAGGUUUUACUGAGGAACGGGCUAAAUACGAAUCUUGUGAGGAAAUAAAAUACGUGAAAUGGGUACAAGCGUUAACAAAUGAUGUUAUUGAAUCGGAUUCUGGUAAUUCUGAUAAUUCUGGUAAUAAUUCUGAAUCGGGAAAAGAUACAGAUGCUGACAGCGAGAGUGAUGAUGAGGAACAAACAGCUAUAGCAAAUAAAUUCGCGGCUUUAGCACAUGUUGAUUAAAAA